AUGCCUCGAUCUGAAGAAGCUGAGUGGUGGGCAAAUGCUGUUUAUUCCGCCAUCCAGGAGAUUCCACCCGGCAAGGUCACGUCCUAUGGGCAUAUUGCCCUACUGCUCGGUGAACCCCAACGUCCUCGACAAGUGGGUGUCUGCCUCAAAUCACUCCCUGACGCCGAUUCUGGUCUGCACUUCAACUCGGCAACAGUUCCGUGGCAGCGUGUGAUCAACUCAAAGGGCAUGAUCUCCCACCGUGGCCCGGGGAGUGCAGAAAGACAGGCAGAGGCUCUUCGCGAGGAAGGGGUAGAGGUCACCACUGACAGCAUGGGCGAGAUGUACAUCGACUUCUCCCGUUAUGGGUGGUUUCCAAAACAACUUCCUAGCGAGGAAGACGCUGGUGCAGAUGAGGAUGAAUAG